AAUCAAUACCAGUCUCCUGCUCUACUGUUACGCUUUAGUUGUUCUCUUUUAGCUACUCAGAAUGUCGUACUACUUUGCAAUGAUAGGCACCAGAGACAACCCGAUAUAUGAGGCCGAGCUUGGUACUUUCAAACAGGGAGGAGAUGGCACUCCCAAGUUUUCAGCAGAGAUGAAAGAAUUGAAUCCUUUUAUUAUCCACUCAUCGUUGGAUAUCGUGGAGGAUCUCCAGUGGGCCACCAACUCUUUGUAUUUGAAGAUAAUCGACAACUACUACGGGUACUAUGUCAGUGCAUAUGUCACUCCCACCAACAUCAAGUUCAUGUUGUUGCAUGAAAACAAAAACGAAGAAAACAUCAAGCAGUUUUUCAUCGAGGUCAAUGACUUGUAUCUCAAGACAUUGUUGAAUCCCUUCUACAGUGUCAAUGACCCAAUCAAAAGCACAAUGUUCGACAGCAAGAUCAAGUUACUCACGAAAAAAUACCUCUAGUCCCCAGCAUAUAUACUUUUUAAUCUACCUCUUCUUCCAGUUUUUUAACACCUUCCCUCAAGAAGCAGCGGCACACGUGAUGCGUUUGUAGUGGCGAUUUUCGCUCCACCACCUACUUCCUUCAGAAUCAUCAUCACCAUCACCAUCACCAAGAAUUGCAAUUGCUGACAACUGCUCUGAGACAAAAUACACCUUCACACUCACCACUUUCACAUAGUCUUCUUUUGCAAUGGCUGAUCGUUACUCUUUUUCAUUGACCACUUUCUCUCCAAGGUAUGUUGUUUUCCAUUGAUUUGCUUUGCUUUGCUUUGCUUCUUUUACUCAGCAUACUAAUUAUCUUCUCUGGUUUUCAAUUGACUUCAAUUGUUGUUAUAAUGUAGUGGUAAAUUAGUUCAAAUUGAAUAUGCUUUAAACGCUGUGAACC